AUUGGCUCAUAGCCCUGUUUCUCUUUAUUAGUUUUAUAUAAUUGCUCUUUUUUUCAGCACAAUUACACUGAUUUCAUUGUAACAUCUAGUUGGAGAGAGAGCCUGGGACUGGGACUGUCUCCGUCUCGCACUUUUAUAUUCGUGUGUUUUCUGAUUGUUCCAGUAACUACAAUACUAGAAAUUAAUUCACGGAAAUUACGUCAAAAAAAAGAACAGUCUGGAAAGACUCAGAAUAUUAUUUACAAUCUUAACUUUUUUUGUGUUUUGAUUAGUCGCCCAUCGCUGAGGCGCCUUGCAUUAUUGGUAGCUCGUGUGGAAAGCGCUGCUCGUAAAGCACGAUUUCUAUUGGUGUUGGCACUUCACGCAUCUUAUGUCAUGCGUGUCGUUAUCGCGCGCAAAUGCUCUUUGUAGGGAAAAACGGAUUCUGAAUCCGAUAAUGAAAGCGAAACGAAUAUAAAGUGGCGUGUCAGAAAAAACUUCACGGAUGAACAACAGAAGAUGUUAAAAUGCGAGUUUGCGAAAAAUGAAUAUCCUAGUACCGAUAAGGUGGAAAAAAUAGCCAAUAAAUUGGGAGUGUCAUAUCAGAAGAUUUAUAAAAAGAUUCAUUCUGUAAAAUCCGAUUACAAAAAAGUAGUAAAAAGGAAUCCGCCGCAAAUAGAAUCACAUAGCGUUAUCCAUAAAAGAUAUACGGAUAAUGAACUGAAUAAAAUACGUCGGGUGUUCGAGGAAACUCCGUAUCCUACUGAAAAUAAAGUGCAAGAACUAGUCCAGAAGACGGGAAUACCAAUCAAUAGUAUUAAUGAGAUAUUUCAAAAUCUUAGACAAGAAAACAAUAAGAUGAACAAACCUACGAUUUCAUCGACGAGCGAUCAUCAGAUAUAAUCGUUUUGCUCUAUUUUGUUUUACCAUUUGCAAGUUUGUAUAGUUACAAACAUACAUGUAAUAUUACUUAG